CUGCUCAAUGAUCUCAGUUCAUUAAUUGACGACAAUGAAAGUUGUACUAUUUUCGUUCUUCUGCAUAUUUCUCACUGGGAGUUAUGCUGCCAACGAGAAUGCCGAAUCCGACGAAAAUUUCCGGACGGUAACCAAAGACCACUGUGAAUGGAAAUACACCUGUUGCAACGCGGCUGAGGACCUCAUCAACUGUUCAGAAUUGUGUUUCAAAUCUGUGAACUGCUUGGAACCAAGUACGGAAGCACCCGAGAUGAUUGCUAUGUCCGCUCGAUUUUCCAUUCCAAAUAUUCAUCGACCGUUUCUGGCGGUUGCCCCAGUGGUAUGUCCCGAAGGCUAUCGUCCGGACCAUCGGAACCGCUGCAGAAUGGUGUUCGUGUUUUAGGAUUAUUGUUUAAUAUGAGAAUAAAAGGAAGUGCGAAAAACAAAUGUGUAAUGUUUGAAUUUACUGUUGACAAAUAUUGAACUUCAUCACCAAUUAUGUGUUCUUGAUCAGGAAAACCCGGAUUAAGGAAUAAAAGUAAGAGUAAACCUUUUUUGAUAAUUUUUUUUGCAAGAUGUGUAAUGCCAAAAUGAGUCUUUUUCUCUCUCUCUGAAAUCACUUAGCCAAUCAGCUAUUAUCGCUUGGCUAUGCGGCGGGCGAUAACGAAAUGUUGGUUCACACAAAUUUAUCAACACGGCUCACAUAAGAUGUGUACAGUGAACCGAAAGGUACCCAGUAAGAAUGAAGCAUAAGUUUUGGAGUCUGUUGUGUGCGGUUGUUACGCUCGUGGUAAUUCCUGCAGCAGUUGCUGAAAAUAUUCUCUUUCUACAAACACUUGCUUCUCGAAGCCAUCACAUAUGGAACAAGCAAAUUUUCGAGCGGUUAUUCGACAAUGGACACAAUCUCACAAUUCUAUCAUUCGAAGAAGAACAAUCUGUUCCUGGGAAAACUUUCCUCGUUGUGAAGGAUUUCAUGGCCAAAGUGAUGAAAGAUUACGAAGGAGAAUGGGACUAUACUGCUGAACAAAGUGCAUUCACCAACAUUCACUUCAUGUAUGACUUUUACAACAAAGCCAGUCGACUACUCACAAAGGAACAGGCGGUCCUACAGCUUCUGGAAUAUCCGAGGACGUUUAAAUUUGAUUUGAUAAUUCAUGAUCUAACAAUGGGACAGUUCCUGCUGGGAUUCGUGGAACACUUUGGAAAUCCACCCUUGGUUUCCCUAUCGGCUUUCAAUAUACCACCUCACGUAACUACAAUGGCUGAUGCCCCACUGUUUACAACGUACAUGCCACAUUAUGCUUCAAGUUUCGAUAAUAGAAUGUUCUUCAUGGAGCGUGUGAGGAACACAUUGUAUUGGACGUUUGACUUAUUUUAUCGCAACCGAGUAUACAUGGCGAAUGAAGAUAAAAGAGUCAAGCUACUGUUUGGAACCAAUGCAACCUCGGUCAAACAGAUCGAGAAACGCCCGGAUAUUGUCUUGGUUAACAGUGACUUCAGUAUGGAUUACUACCAGGUCCUUCCACCGAACGUUAUUCCAGUGGGUGGUUUGCACGUUGGUCGCAAAGAAAAGGUACCCCCGAUUGUGAAACAGUUCAUUGCACGAGCCAAUAAGGGAAUCGUACUGCUAAGCUUUGGAACUAACGUGGCUUCGGAAAUGCUUGGAGAAGGUACUAACUUGGAUAUGUUCAAAGUAUUCAGAAGCAUGCCUGAUUAUGGAUUCAUUUGGAAGCAUGGCGAUCCGGAGGCACUUGGAAUAAUGCCUGCCAAUGUACUUGUGUUGAAAUGGGUACCCCAAGCUGCCAUUCUUGCAAGUCCACGAACUAAACUGCUAAUCAGUCAUGGAGGAUUGCUGAGUUUGCAGGAAGCUACGUGGCAUGGAGUUCCCGUUGUUGCUAUUCCCUUUUUUGUUGAUCAGUAUUCUAAUGCCGAAAAACUUGUUACGGCGGGAACAGGUGUAAAAUUGCUACCGAAAGACGUCAGUGAGGUUACAUUUAAAGCGGCAAUUCAAGAAGUGUUGGAAAAUCCAAGCUACUACGAAAAUAUCAAACAACGAUCCUAUCUAUUCAAAGCGCAACCCGAACAUCCGCUAGAUCGUGCUAUUUUCUGGAUAGAGAAAGUUCUGGAAAAUAAGGGACUGCAUUACCUGCGCUCACCUGCGCUCGACAUGAACAUAUUCCAAAUCUAUGCCAUCGACAUGGUAGCCGUGGUUCUCGCGAUAGCGUUCUUGUAUUAUCUUAUCAUUCGAAGCCACCUCAGGCGACCGGCCGCCGGUGGUUACGUAAAGCCCAAAAAAGAGUAAAUCGAACAGUGUGCGCUGAUAAUAAAGUUAAAUUUGGAGGAACUGAAACAAAAAUUGUUUGAGCAUUGAUUAAAACGUUUUCAAAGAAGAUAGGUUCCUAUAAGUAUUAUGGUUGGUAAAUAUUAUUUAGAAUAAGAAAUAUAUAGCUUUCAAUCUA